GUCGAAAAACAGUCCAAAGCAUUUUUUUUUUCUUUUAACUGUUUAACUAUUUCAACAAAUUCGGUUGUACAGCGAACCAACGAAAAUCUAGGAAUGGAUGACCAGAUAAAGGAAAUAUGCCGCCUAUGUUUAGAUCCCAGCGAAAAGUCUGGCUGUAAUUCAAUCAAAGAUUUGACAAUGCGAUCCAAGCUGCAAACUGUUUUCAAAUUCGAGCUUCCCGAAAAACAAUCCUUCCCUUGUGAGAUUUGCCAAGUGUGUUCGUCCAAAGUGGAUGAAUUUCACUCCUUUCAUGAAACAGUUCGACUAAAUCAGGAUCAGUUGAAAGCUACACCCGUCAAUGUGAGCGUUCCACAAUACGUGGAUAUAAAACAGGAACUAUCUCCAUGCGCGGCUAGCCAGAAUGAUGAGUCUCUAGCAUCUAAUGCUUCCGAUUCUAAUGAGGAGAAUGAUAUGAUCGUAGAGGUGGGUAUGUUGCCCACGCAAGAGGAUCUCAAAGACGAGCUGUCCGAGUCUGAGGAAGAUGAAGAUAGAAGACCUCUUCGAAGAAAACGCAAACAGAGAGCUGCUAAGCUGAAAACAUUUGCGAAGAUGAAACAAGCGCGAAAAAAUGAUCUCCACAAGGACAAAAACGAAAAAGUGUCAGAAGAUAACAAGAAAAUUCAAGAAUUCUUCACCAUUAGUUGUGAAUUUUGCUCUGAAGAGUUUGAUUCGUUCGAUAGACUACAAAAGCACACCCGCAAAUCACACAAUUCCCGUGGAAGCCUUACAUGUUGCAAUCGUGUUUUCUACAAGAAGUGCAAAAUAAUCGAACAUAUCGAUUCCCAUUUGAAUCCGAAUCAGUUCCACUGUGGUUUGUGUAACAAAAGCUACAGCAAUAAGUAUUAUCUAGAUUUGCACAAUCUAAGAAAACAUUGUAUCAACGAGGAAAAACCAUACAAGUGCGAGAAGUGUGGUCAAGGAUUUCCGAAAGAAUGGUUACUGAAAGCCCAUUUCAAUACCCACAUUCAGGCGGAAUGUACGAUUUGUCACAAGGUUCUGGCGAGUGCGUCCACUUUGAAAAUUCACAUGGUAAACAUGCACAGCGGUGAUUCGAAGCACAUCUGCGACACGUGUGGGCAGGAGUUCCGCACAAAGUUGGGCAUGGAACGGCACAUAAAACAGCACAUGGGCAUCAAUCCGAUCGAACGAAUUCAGUGCCACAUCUGCAGCAAAUGGGUCAACGGGAAGCCAAAUCUGAAGAUUCACGUGAAGACGGUACAUAGCGAGGAAAACCAGACGGUCACUUGCGAUGUGUGCAACCAAAUAUACCCGAACAUCCGCGCUCUCAGUAGCCACAAACGCCGUGUGCAUGUGGAGGAAAAGUUCGAGUGUGAAUUUUGCGGGAAGAAAUUCAAGAGGAGUAUCUAUUUGAAGGAGCAUCGUGCUUCUCACACGGGGCAAUCUCUCUACUCCUGUGAUGUGUGCGGAAUGACGACCAAUUCCAACGCGAACCUCUAUUCACACAAAAAGAGCAAACAUCCGGAGGAAUGGCUGGAGGCACGCAAAAAGGCCAUGGCGAACGCUUAUGGCUAGUUCUCAUUCUUUUUUCUAAUGGAAAUAGGGUCAUUUGAAUGCACUCAUGAAAAAAAAAACAAGGAGAAAAAGAUACGACACGCCUUGUCGCUUGGUAUUUUUCGUUUCAAACUAUUACUAACUUCAAAAGACGCCAAUUGUCAUCAGUUUAUAGUAACACAUUUAGGCUUAUUUAUAUGUUGUACAGAACCACCAAUUACUUUAAUAAACAUUAAAAUAACAAAAUAA